AUGGCGGCGGCGGCGGCGGCCCCGGGCCCGGGCUCGUGCUCGUGCUCGUGCUCGUGCUCGUGCUCGUGCUCGUGCCUGCUGCGGGGCCCGCGGCGCACGCACCUGGCCCUGCACCCGCGCUGCCUCCGGCGCCUCAGCGCCGGCAUCCGACACCAGCUCGACGCCCUCCUCCUGCGCUACUCGCACAGCUUCCAGGGCGUUCCCGUGGCUUACGAUAACAUCAAAAUAGUGGGACACCUGGGAGAUAUUUACGAUGACCAAGGGCACAUUCACAUCAACAUCGAGGCCGAAUUUGUCAUCUUCUCUCCUGAGCAAGGGGCAACGCUGGUGGGGCAGGUCAACAAGGUGUCUCCAAGUCACAUAGGCUGCCUGGUGCACGGCUGCUUCAACGCCUCCAUCCCCAAACCCGAACAGAUGCAAACCGAAGAGUGGAAAGACCUGGGGAUACGAAUAGGAGACGAGUUGGAAUUUGAAGUGUUCCGUCUAGACUCCGAUGCUGCCGGAGUGUUCUGCAUCCGGGGACAGCUGAACGACAACAGCUUGAAAGCCAGGUGUUCCAAAGGAGUUCCAGAGGAGUCGGCGGAGAUCGACCAUAAUCCCGGGGCCACCGAAGAAACUCCCAAGAAAAAGCGGAAAAAGAAAAAAGACUCGAAGAAGCACCAGGAGGAGGAAGGUGGCGCGGCCGAGGCAGCCGAUUUCGCAACGGUGGCCUUGAAAGAGGAGACAGACAUGCAGCCCAUUGACAGUGUGAAUGGCUUCUGUGAGACCCCGCCAAAGAAGAAGAAAAAGAAGAAGAGAAAGAGUGAGGAGAGGGAGGCUCAGGACCCUGGGUUUCAUGGCAGCGACUCCAGCGGUUACCAAAGUGACCACAGAAAGGGCAAGAAAAAGAAAAGAAAACAUGACGAUGCUGACUCUUCUCAACUAUUAGAAGAGCCAGUGCUUAAAAAAGAGAAGUCCCAGUAAAUCAUUUUGACGCUUCAGAAGGUCAGAACAAUUGUCUUCGGAUCAGGUGCUCUAUCACUUCAAGUUUUUAAUCUAGCCCCUGAGAAUCACGCUUAAGCUAUCCCGCCCAUAUAUAGGUCCUGAAACUUCGAAUUUUCUCUUGUGAGACUUAGAUCUAUCUGUGCCUUGGGAACACAAACGUUUCGAAGACUCACAAAAUUUUAAUCUUGUCCCAGAAUGAAAGGAUGAAUUGGAAUAGAUAUACAGCAGUCGUGUGGUCAACAAGUCAAGAUUCUUUUUACCGUGCCAAAGUGCAGUACUGUGCUUCCAGGAUAUAGUUCUAUUUGUAGCCGCUUUCUGAGCGGUGUCAGAACUUGUUGUAUAUGAGGGAAAAUAAACAGUCUUUAAGAGGAA